AUGGACGACGCAGGCUCGCAGCAACGCCGUUAUGGCUUUGCUUGCAUUCAGUGUCGGAGCCGCAAGGUCAAGUGUGGUGGCGAGAAACCAAGCUGCAGAAAGUGCGUUAAGGCCGAGGUCUUCUGCUCCUACAAAUCAAGCGAAUCGCAAAUAAGCCAUCUCAAGGCAGAGCUGAGUCGCUGUCAAUCCCACUUGAACGAUCUGAAGAGAGGCAUCGAGUCCCUCACUUUAGCUACAGCAGAAGACCGUGAACGCAAGAUCCGGGAUCUGAGUGAUAUGGUCAAAUCGACGGGUCCUUCGGUACAAACCGAGCCCGAUGAGACGGAGGCAGAACAUACCGACGACCUCGGCGAUCAAUGCGCAGAUGAGGAAGAGUCUCGCGCUCGGCAAGCAGAGGUCAGCAUCGAUGAGGAUGGCUCGCUCUCUUACUUCGGGGCGACCUCACGAUUUCACAGCCGUCCUCAGCCUCGCACAGAUGGCGAGACACAACAGGCUGGAGAUCGCGCUUUCCAUGCCAAAUGGCUCCAGUCAAAUGCGCGCUUCCAGAAGUCCUGGGAGGAGAUGGCAUAUCUGAAGCUUCAACAGGACCCGGAAGUCGACGCGCAUGUCUCUACCACUCUUCUGCGCAUUUACUGGACUUGGCAGGCACCUCUGCAUAACUGUGUCUACCGACAAUGCUUCUUCCGCGAUGUGGUAAUGCAAGGACCAUAUUUCUCGUCUUUCUUAUUGAACGUCAUAUACGCACACGCUAGCCGUCAUAUUCCUGAUGAUGAUCCAAUAUAUGCACACGUUGGUCAAGGAGAGGACUUCCUGCGGAAGGCGAAGCAUCUCUUGCUUUCGGAAUUGGAGGCAGACACACCUCGUGUGCCCACCAUACAAGGUCUGCUCAUUCUUGGUGGUCGACAAUGUGCGAUAGGUAAGCACAGCGAAGGAUGGCUGUACACUGGCAUGGCCAUCAGAAUGAUCAAAGACUUAGGUCUGCACCUGAACGGAGGAAAGGCUCAUCUCUCCAAGGACUUAGAGCCAGACGAUCUUGAGGCCAGGAAACGCCUUUUCAUGUCGGCCUAUGCCUGGGACAAGUCCAUCAGCUUAUGCCUGGGCCGCCCACCCUCGCUCACAGAGAUGCCCUACGCUCCGAGCAGCCUUAUGGAUUAUUCUGGUGACGCGGAAGACUGGGUGCCUUACUAUCUCAAAGAUCAUGCUGAAUCUGUCGUUAUCAACGGAAUCCUACUAAGUGGACCCAUCCAGCUUGUGAAUGAUUGUUACAACACCAUCUACAGUGGCAAUACGACAGGACUGAAAAUGAAGCUCAUUUCAGACCUCGAGAAAAAGCUGCGUGCUUUCUACGAACGGCUCCCAUCAGCACUACGUAUUGACAAUGCGGAAGACCUCGUCGCAUGUCCUCCACCUCAUAUCCUUGGCUUGCACAUUCUUUACCACACCUUGAUGAUUCUGAUGUAUCGACCCUUCUUAUCGGGCCGAGUGCCGCAAUCGCUCUCUCGACGAGCGAGGCAGGUUUGCCUUGAAAACUCGACCAGAGUCAAUGCUUUCUUCCGCCUUCAUGGACACACGUUCAGUUUUCGAAACCAGACCUAUCUGACGUCUUAUUGCGUGUAUACUGCUGCUACAGUUGAGCUAUUGGAAUUGGACCGGGCGCCUGGAGAAGGCUCGAUGGCUGUGGCCGAACGACUUUCGACUAUUAUGCAAAUGCUCGAAACAGAAGCCCGCCAGACCCCAGGGAUACGCAGAAGUAUUGACAUCAUCGCUGCUCGUCUGAAGGUCGCAACGCCAUCGCAGGGACAAGCCAGAAUAGCAAGCAGUAUCUCGAGUCACCCACUCACGCCGAGCCGCGAUACGAUCACAAGUCCCAGCGUUGAGGGCAUUGCAUCGCCCAGUGUGCCGAAUCGCACAACAGCAGGUCAGCGAAUGGGGUAUCUGGGCGAGGCCGGUCCAGUCCUCCCGCAGCAAGAAUAUGUUUAUGCGAGUCAACCACUUGCGAUCGGGCUUCAGCCAGAAUCAGACUAUUCAGCUACCCUUAGUAUGGACGACCAACUCAACGAUUUCCAACCAUGGUUUAACUACGAUGCGAGUGGUGGCUUCAACCCUACUAUUGCUAGCUGGACGUUGCACGACACAUUUGGACAUCCAGAGUACGGCUAG